AUGAUUAAUUCAAUUAAAUGUGAACAAAUUAUUAAUGAACUCAAUCUUGAUUUAAAAGAAACAUUAUUUCCUGUUACCUGGGCUACUGUUAAAGGUACAUGCUACAAAAUCAAUAGCAUACUAACUCAAGAUAUUAUUGAAGAUAAUAACAAUUUCAAAUUUAUUUCUGUCAAAAAAAUAUAUAUAUAUAUUUACAGUUCUGAUAAAAUCAUUUUUGAAUUUAUUCCAUUUAUUACUUUAUGCUUUAAUAAACAUGUCUGUGCCUUCGAAGUGAAAUUCGAUGAAUUUGUAGAUGGUAAUAAUUUUAUUUUCCAAAAUUCUAUAAUUUCUCCUAUACCAAAUCAUAUAAAUAUUACUGCAGAUGGAACUAAGUAUAUAACUUUGAGGAGUUCUCUGUAA